GGUCAGGGGUUACGCGCGCCACGUGGUUCCGCACUCCACGUGCGGGAAGGCUUCGCUCACAGCUUCGCGUGGCCUGCGCGUGAUAGAAAGAGAAACAACUCCAGCGGAAAGGAUGAAACGACGAUCCAGUACCCACAAAGUGUCCGACAGUGAGAACGAGCGAGCUGAGGGCGAAAUCUCAAGCAAAGUGUUUGAGUGCCCUCCGGAUUUCGAGCAGGGUGCUUACAUUCCACUCGGCGGUCUCACGGUAGAAAGUGCCAAGGCCUCGUCCACUGAAAUAUGGCUCAUCCAGGCACCGACAGACUUCUCUCCACAGUGUUUGACAGGUAUGACGAUCCCGCUGGAGGGAUUCGAACGCGUGACUUCGGACAAGGAGAACAAGCACUACAGAAUCAUGAGCAGCUGUCGAGAGAUGCCCAAGACGGGCGUGGUGCUGCCUAUGGAGAAGGGAGGCAACUUGCAGUGGGCUCCAGUGUUGAAGGGAAUGAUCUCCGUCACCGAGGAGGCAGUUGGGAUGGCAAAUGGCAGUGGAAAGAUUCAUCCGGUUCCUGUUCCUCCUCCGCCGAGCAUCCCUGAGGGUCUCCGGCAGAGGUUUAAGCCCUUCGGAUACAGCCAGCCAGCCGGCGCUCAGGAGCACGUUGCGGACAGAAAAGAAACUACUCGGAAAAAAAGUAAAUUGGCCGUCGAGCCUGAAUUGGUGGUCAAGGAUGAACCCGAUGGGUGCAAACGGGCAAAGGACAAAAAAUCACGUGCAAAAUCUAGGGAUGAGACUGUGCCGGCCGCACCACUCGCUGUGCAGGUGAAAGUGGAACCCGAUGAGGGCGACGGCAAGGCUCACGGCAGGAAAAAGAAAAAGAAAAACAGAGAGAAGGACCGGGAGGUGGCGGCUCCAGUGGUUGUCGACGGCAGAAAUUUGACGGUGCGGGUCAAAGAAGAGGGCGCGGAAGAACGUAACGGUAAUGAGGAGAGUCCAGAAGCAGCAACGAGAAGCGGUGGAACCGAGUCGUCGUUGCUACGUCUGCAGGACGCGUCAGGAGAGAGCGAGGAGGGAGGGAAGGAGGAGCUUAAACCUAAGAAGAAGAAAAAGAAAAGCAAAAAGGAUAGGAAGGAAGUGGCACCACUGGCAGCUGUGGAGAUGAGCGAAUUGUCAGAAGGUGCGUGUGCAGCAGUGGAGAUCGAGCAGGGAUCGACUGAGUCUCGUUCCAGGAAAAAGAAGAAAAAGAGCAGAGACAAGGAGAAAACGGCCGUGGGGGAGGGAGUUUGUGCAGCGGACUUGAUCAAAAACGAGGCCGAUGACGGCGUAGAAGUGAAAACGGAGAUGGAAUCGUGGGAUCUGAUAAAGGAGGAGGCCGCCUCUCCCUCGGCGUAUCCCUGCGUAGUUCCCAAGGCAGAAGCGGAGCAGAAUGAGCCUUCCGUUCGGAGGAAGAAAAAGAAACGGCGAGAUAAGGACGCGGACGAUGCGGACGAUGCGGGGGGAGAGGGGCACUUGGCUGCGGGGACGACGAGCAGUCGCGGUGCGGUGGCGGGCGACGCAGGCGCGGCAGACGUCGAAGUGGCGGACGUAGCCGUUGACGACACGGAGCCGAAUCCGGUCAAACGAGAAGACGAGAAAGAGGCUCGGAAGAAGAAAAAGAAGAAGAAGAAAAUGAAGGAAGAGGAGGAGGAGAAGCACGUGGCGGUGAAGAGAGAGGAGCCUCCGAGCGAUGCAGCCGCUGUGGAUGAACACGCUUCGAAGAAGAGGUCUAAACACAAACAGUCGGAGGAGGAAAUUCCAGAUGCCGAUGUCGGUGAACGUGUUCACAAGAAGAAGAGGAAGAAAUGAGUGGUCGUUUAUUUCGUUUUUAAAUGUGAAUCAUGUUUGUCACCCGUGAUAAAAGUGGAUGUUAUAAUGACCUGUGUUCAGGAAUAACAUCGCAGCGGCAGAGCUUAGAUGCAGUGCAUAACUUGGGCCGACCCAAACAUGGUGUCUAACAUCUCAAGUUUAUGUUUGUUCUCUUUUAUUUUUCCCAGGUUGUAAUAAACAAUUGUAAUGAA